AUAAAGCACUCCAUUGCUCGAUUUCACUGUAGUGCCCCUCCAAGGAAAUCCCUGCCAAAGGUAGAUCUAAUGAAGCGCGUAGCUCGCUCGAGUGACAGGUUGGAGCCUGGCAUUGGGGGCGCUUCCAUAUCACUAUCGAACCUGUUUUUGAGGCUCUUUUCUUAAAUUCCAUGGAGGGUAGGGUAAGUCCAACCUGCCAUCCAGCCCAAUAGGCUCCCUUUGAAACCUCAAUCAAAACAAUCUGUAUUAACGCACACCCUACAUGAUCCCUCUCAACUGCCAUUGUUCAUCAUGUGUUGUUCCAAGAUCCAUUUACCAUUAUGGAUCCACAUUCUAUUGGCCAUGUGGGCGGUGGUUUUUAGUGUGCUCGAAUUUCUGGUCUUUUUGUUCUACUUUGGAAAUGUUUUUCUAGCUGUGACGGCGUUGUCGUCUUUAGUUCCAGCUGCGCUUUGUUUCCAGUUGUAUUCCAUGGAAAAAGCUGGCAAUGUAGAAAGCUCUCUUAAUAAGAAUGCCUUGGGAUGUCUUUUCUACUUUGGUCUGCUUGGCUGCAUCUUUGCCAUAGCAGGUGCAAUCACGUACUUUACUUUGGGAAUAGCAUGGCAAAUCCCCGUUUUUGAAAUGCAUCGAACCCUGAUCCUGUGCGGUUUGGAGGCGUGUCUAGGGGCCCGAUGGUACUACGAACUAGCUCAUAUCAGCCGGGGUUACGCCCAUGUCACGAGAGGUGGGCGGAGGACCAAGGAAAUCACAAUUUGAUCCGUACUUGAAACUGUUCAUGUGUGCCGGUGAUCAAUGAGGAACAAAGGAAAUCCUCUCAUUUGCCAAUUUGUAUGUAUGAGAGACCCAUAGAGGAAUGGAUUAGAUGCUAUACAGAGAUGUCCUCAUCACAAAAGACUAAUAAUAGUUGUUGAUCUCAAAAUGCAAAAUAAAUCUUAUAACGUA